AUGAUCAGGAAAAGUGCAAACACAACAUUAGUUCAGUGCAAGGCAAGGAGGAAAAAUAACGAUGAUGAUGAUGAUGAUGGGGAAUUAGCCCCAAUUGUCCACACCCUCAUCUGCGUGGGGACACAAUGGCGUGGCGGGUCUGAUGUUAUGUGCCCCGGAUCAUCAUCAUCAUCCUCGUCAUCAUCAUCAACACAACCAACGGCCGGACAUAUCAACGAUGUGUUUCAAGCAUUUGGAAUGUCACCAGAGUUCUCAGUUUUAGUAGCUCUGUUGACGGCAACAGUUAUUGGGAUGUUGGUCCUGUCAGCCGGCCUCUACAUUAUGAGAAGUGAAAUCUUAACAUCCAAGAUACCAGUACGGACCAUGGGUGCAAAUAUAAUGGGACGAGUUUUACUAAAGUUGAUUCUCAAAUUGUUUGAUUAUUUGAAAGAUUGCUUAAUAUUCGAAUGA